AUGAAGAAAAAAUUGUGUACUUUGAUGUUUUGUGCCUUAAUUUUAAAAGUAACCUCCCUAGAGAACCAGUGUCAUAUACCAGAAAUUUUAAGGGGGUCAUGGUUUUCAGUAGAAGAUGGAAAGGAUACUAUUACAAAAUUUGAUGAACGUUUUAUGACCAUAGAAAAUAGAGUUAAAGUACUUUGCGAUUACAAAAAGACUGAACAUAACAGUGACUACACUAUUGCUUUUCAAUAUGAUCGAUGUUACCACUGCAUCAAAUUCUUUGUUCGUACAAUUAAUAUUGUCGAGAAAAUUGAAGGUGUUUGUACCAAUAUUAGCAAUAGCAGUAAAGAAGACUUCGAUUCACUGUGCUCUAAACUGAACCAUAACAAAAUUACUACGCUUUUCUCUAACGACCAUUAUAAUCGUGGUCUAGUAAAUUGCAAGACCUCUUUACAGGGUAGUUGGGAUUUCGCUUACGAAAGGCCUGGACAGUUUUCAGGAAGAUGUAGUAACCCAAAAUCAAGAAUACAUUCAUGCCUUGUUCCUGAUAAACUAUCUUUAAGUAAUAAUCAAAAAUUUACUAUGGCCUAUCAAAAAUGUGAAGGAAAAGAUGCCACUUUCCAAGGAAUGGUGGAGUAUGGUUGUUUCGGUGAUUGGUAUAGAGGGGACAAACACUAUUUCGCUGUUUAUAAUACAAAGGAAUCUAGAAAAGCAGAAGCAUACAAAUGCUUUAUUAAAAAUGACACCAACGAUUCAAUCUUAGGAAUAUCGUUAACUGCUGAAUGUAAUACACUAAAUAGUCCAACAGAGAGUCCAGAAGUAGUAUAUUUAAGUCCUAUAAAGCAAAAUUCUAUAGAGGCAGGGUGUAAACUUCCACAAAUUAUUAGUGGAGACUGGAUAGACAGUGUUAAUAUCGAUGCAAAGAUCUUUAUAAACCAAACUCACAUCGCAGAAACUGACACUAUUAACGGUAAAAUAAUGACAACUGAUUAUAUUUGUCAAGAACAAAGGGAUAAUAUCUUCGUAAUGGCAAGGUAUUCUGUGACCGGAUGCCCAAAUGAUUAUGUAUGUUUUGAAUUCGUAAAAAAUGAGGACAACAUUAUCACAUAUAAACGAGGAAAACCAACAGUACAUCAUCAAUUUGAUAGAGCCUGUUCCUUUCCAUUCUUUGAGACGGGAAAGAAUACUACACAUAACUACUACUUUAGGAGAAAUCCCAAACCUAACAAAUGUCCUUUUAAAGGAAAAUACACUUUUACACAAAAAGGAGACGUUCCAUUUGAAGUAAGGAAUCCCAAAACGAUAACUCCAGAUCAAGAGGUAAAAUGUAAAAACACAUUUUCUGAAUUUAGAGUAUCGGAUGCACAGACUGAAAUUCUUAUAACUAAAAAGUCCUGCUCUCCAGGAGAGGAAAAUAAGAUUAUAAAUGAACCUGACUAUGUUUUCAAAUGUAUAUCAUAUUGGACCGAAAACGAGAAGUCUUAUUUGUUAACCUACGACGAAUCAGAUCCCGUGUACCAGUACCGUUGCUGGGUAUAUGGGGAACAUGGUAACAAAAUCUCCAUUUCUCAAGCUAUUGGAUCUUCCUGCAGUAUAAAACAAACAAUGACGUCACAAAGUUAUACUGAACAAGCGGCAGUUGCAUUAAGUUUGCAAAAAACUGACUUAUAA